AUGAAAGUUUUGCUCGUGUUUGUUUUGCUUUUGGUUGUAGCUUCAGCGCAAUAUUAUGGCUACGGUAGCCCAUUUGGCUAUGGCUAUGGCAAUCCGUACCGUUACGGUGGCCGACGAUUUGGGCCUUAUGGCGGAGGAUAUGGAUACGGAUUAAACCCGGGGUACGUUUUAAAAGUUGCUUAUUUAAAAUUUAAUAUAAAAAAUGCUUUUAUGUGGCGCAGCUAUAAAUACUCUGAGGUGAUAAGGAAAGGGCAGCGAAAAAUAUGUCCACUAACCUUUAAUUUAAUUGAGUUAGUGGUGCGAACAUUGAACUAGACCCAUUCCCUACUAAACCUUUAUAAAACUAAGGAAAGUCCAAGUUUCCAGAAGAAGAAUUUAAUACGGUAAAAGAGCAAGAUAAACGAUCAUUGUACAAUAUUUUUCUUAAAGCGUAAAAAAUUAUUAAAUCUUACCUAAAAUUUACGCGCUUUUUAAAAAAAAUUUUAGAACUGUUGUCGGAGCCGAAAUUGGUGCCGCUCUAGGAUCUCAGUUGGGUUAA